AUUAUCGAGAAACAUCAUCCAUCUCUAUCGGGGGACGCGUACUAAUUGUACAGAACAGACAUACAUUUUCGUGUGACUAAUAUCAUAUACGAUUAAUUUAGAAUGCCGGCGACGAACGUCGAGGACGAUCCGUACGCGCACGUUGCGAAGGGCACUCUAAAAUUGAAGAACGAGCAGACAGUGAGCAAAAAGAAAAAGGAUAAAAAAGGAAAGAAGAAGAAGCUGGUGGAAGUGUCGAAGAUCAUCGAGGAGAAGCCUCAAAAGGUGGAAAUAAAGCGGACGAAGGCGGAAUUGGCUUUUCAAAAAAUGCAAGAGAAAAUGCAAACCGAGAGGAUCAAGCAGAAAGCUUCCAAGACGCAUAAACAACGAGUGGAGGAAUUUAAUCGACACCUGGACAGCUUAACUGAACACUUUGACAUACCUAAAGUGAGCUGGACGAAAUAAACUGCGAUGUAUCUUAACAAAUUUAUUUAUAUAGGUGUAUAUAUAUAUAAUGUAAACAAUUAGUCUUAAUUUAAUCUGAAGGUAUGAACACUUUACACAGUU